AUGGACGGUAAUCACGGGGAUCAUUCGCGAAUUCAGACUAGUGAUGGACACCAUCCUAUACAUAUGUCAUAUGAACAUCAUGGAUUGCACCAUAUGAGCAAUGGGAAUGGGAUGGAUGAUGAUCAAAAUAACGAUGAUUCUAACUGCGGUGGAAGUGAAAAUGCGGAAGGUGAAGUACCUUCCAACAAUGGAAAUCUUCAUGACAAUCAAAGUUUAGUAAUGGAUCAAGGGAAUAAUGAUAUUGGAGAUCAGCUUAGUUUGUCUUUUCAAGGACAGGUUUAUGUCUUUGACUCGGUGUCACCAGAAAAGGUUCAAUCUGUACUUCUGUUACUCGGAGGCCGUGAACUACCUCCAACCGUACCUUCCAUGCCAAUUUCUCCUGACGAAAAUAACCGGGGAUUUACUGGCACUCCACAAAAAUUCAGCGUCUCUCAAAGAUUAGCUUCUUUGAUUAGAUUUCGUGAAAAGCGGAAGGAGCGAAAUUUUGACAAAAAAAUUCGUUAUACUGUUCGCAAGGAAGUAGCACUAAGGAUGCAAAGAAAUAAAGGCCAGUUUACAUCUUCCAAGUCCAAUCAUGAUGAGUCUGAAAUAAAUUGCGGAACAAAUGAAGGGUUGAUGGUAGACAAUAAUGGAUCCCAACAGCAAGAUACUGUUUGUAGGCACUGUGGCAUCAGUGAGAAGAGCACGCCAAUGAUGCGACGUGGACCUGAAGGGCCAAGAACCCUCUGCAAUGCUUGUGGACUUAUGUGGGCAAAUAAGGGAGCUCUUAGGGACCUAUCAAGGGCCACAACCUUGCCAGCACACAAUUCUCCAUUAAACAAGAAUGAGAGUCAAAAUUUGGAGAGCAAUCAGAUAGUGCUUAGAGAUGCUGCUGAAUCAUCAUGA